AAAAGUGAAUGUUUUGAUCGUGUCCAACUUAUCCGUUUCCCAAGUGUAUAAGAAGCGAAGACAACUUUAGCUCAUCAUCAGUUAGUCGCAUCACCGUGAGUGAACAACAAAUAAUUUAGAACUAUAUUUUUUUUUUAAGUUUGUGAAAAAAUAUACAGAAUGAUGAGCGCACGCCUAGUUAUGUUAGCGUCGCUUGCGACUUUAACAUUAGCAAGACCUGAUGCUGGAUACUCAUACAGCUCCUCAUCUCCAUCCUCAUCCUAUGGAGCACCUUCUUCAUCUUACGCCGCUCCAUCAUCCAGUGGAGGAUACUCCUCUGGAGGAUACUCCUCUGGAGGAUACUCCACUGGAGCAUCUACGUCCAUGUCCCACCUCCAGAACAAGAGUACAUUGCUCCUCAACCAACUCAAUCUAUCGCUCCACCACAAAAACAUUACAAAAUAAUCUUCAUCAAAGCGCCAACUCCACCAACCCCAACUGUACCACAUAUCCCAGUCAUCCCACAAGAUUCUGAAAAGACUUUGAUCUACGUAUUAGUUAAAAAACCAGAAGAACAACCACAAAUCACCAUUCCAACUGCAGCACCAACUGCUCCAUCUAAACCAGAAGUAUACUUCAUUAAAUAUAAGGCACAAAAGGAAUCUGGAUAUCCAGCUAGCUCUGGUGCCAACUACGCUUCCAGUGGUGCUGGUGGAUAUAGCGGCGACCUUACUGGUCCAUCAGCCAGCUACGGAUCUCCAAGUGCUGGAUUAUCCUCAAGCUACGGAUCCCCAAGUGCUAGCCCAUCAGCAAGCUAUGGUGCCCCUAGCUCCAGCGGAUCAUACUAGAAUUUUACAUUCACAAGAAUCCAAAGCUUCACUGGUCGCUGAAAACUGUUGAUUGUUACUUUUCUACGGCCUGAACAUCCACGAAGCGGAUAAUCCUUUUCCCUAAAUAUACUCCUUUCCCUCGCUUUACUUCCUUAAACAAAUUGUCAUGGUUUCAUUGCAAUUUGUUUUGUAAACUAUAUUAUUUUAUUAAAAAAGAUAGGUUUCUCAGCUCAAUUUAAACAUUUAUGUAAAUUAUCGUCAUGAAAUUAAACUGACUUAUAUAUAUAUUAUAAGAAAAAUAUUGUUAUAGUAAAAAUGUAAAAUAAAAUGUCAUUUUUUUGUAA